GGGAGGAAAGAAAGUGAAAGUAAAAGAGAAAGAGAACGAAGAAAGAGGCAGUGAGAUCGAAAAACAAAACCAAAAAACAAAAACAAAACUAAACAUAUCCCCUCAAAAACAACGGGAAACCAAUAAAUCAUUUACGACCGUCGCGUCCCUACCCACCCACCCACCAACCUAGCCAUGUUUGCGAUGCCAAGCAGAAGACUCAAAUUUGCUCUGUUCUCACUCCUGAUCAUCUUCUACGUCGACCGUUUCUUCUCUAAUUUGAGACAACUCGGGGACGUCCCCAGCCUGUCGAUGGACGCAGAGAGGGCAGUUAUAAGGCAAGCGGUGGUAAGCGUUGAGGGUAAUAUGGAGGGUGGAAGUAGUGUUAUAGCGAGAGGCAAUGGAGAACAGGGAGGAGAAUUUGGAAAUAGAGAAGGAGAAGAAGUAGGAAAAGAACAAGGUGGGAGAGGAGAUGAAGAGGAAACAGAAAGUCAAGGGAUAAAAGAAGACGAACAAGACAACAAAGCAGAAGUGGAACGUUCAUUGAAAGAGAGGAAAAAUAAAGUGCAUGAAUACUGCAAAAGCUACUAUGUGAGUGAAAACCUGCGUAACACAAUUCAGAAUAAUAUGUUCUUUCUCUGGAACUACAAGGUUUCCACGUGUAUUAUUGAAAAGGUUGGCUCUAUGUCGUGGCGCCGAAGAAUAUGCAAACUGAACCACAUUAAGACAAAUACACACGACCCCAAAAGAAAGCGUUUACUCAAGAAAUCCCACGGAGUUGUUUUAAAACACAUAGCCAGUACGUCGAGCAUUGUGACUGUGAGACAUCCGUUGACUCGAUUAGUGUCUUGCUACAGAGAUAAGUUUGAAAAUGGUGACCAUCCACCACUACAUGAGAGACACUGGAGGGACUUUUACAUGCCGACCUUAUUCUGCAACGCACGCUUUCCUUCAGAUCUACACCUUAAAGUAGGCCUAAAAGAGCCUCUCAACCCUAGUAAAAACUACCCGAUGAGCGUCUUCAUUGCGAUUGACAAGUUGCUGCAACCAACUUUCACCUUUACGGAAUUCCUCCACAACGUCGUGGAGUCGUAUGCGGAGAACAGGGUCAACCGACACUGGAACACCUACACGGCCAUGUGUUCCCCCUGCACCGUGAAGUACAGCUACGUGACCAAACUGGAGUCCCUAACACGUGAAAUGGAUUACAUCUUCCCGACGGUAGGCCUACCCAAGGACCUGGCAGAUGUGAUGGACCACUCGACCAGCACGGACGAAAAUAAGGACGAGGCUUAUAUCAGGUUAUACUACAGCACUGUCCCGCUGACCCUUAAGAAAAAAAUCUACGAAAUCUUCAAGGCAGACUUUGAGAUGUUCGAUUACGAAGUUCCGGAGAUGUACUGGGAGGAAGGCACGAAUGUUUACGUUUAGUGGAUAGAAUUAUGCUAGCUUUAACUGGGACGAAUUGGCGUCCGUAUAACUGCCGUAUGACUGUCCGUAUGACUGUCGUAUGUUAUGAACAACGUCUUCUCUCUGGGUUUGCCAAAAGCGGGGAGUUAUGAAAAGCUGUAUUAUCACUUUUUAGAUAGAAUGUGAAUACUUACGAUGAAUGAACAUUUUUUUUUGUGAAUAUGUGUAUAUAUAUAUACCACACACGUUUGUAUACGACUAUAUAAACCCAUUAUCUCUCUAUAUGUAUAUCUAUAUAACUGUA